AUGCCAGCGCCGACCGCUUUACAACGCGCCCCCGAAGCGCUCGCCGAAAAUGCAGACACGAGCAUGGCCGAGGCUGUCCCUCUGCCCGAAGACAGCACUCCUCUCCUAGAUAUGGAUAUGACCGCAGCCCCCACCGAAACCCCCACCGAAGCGCCAGAUGCACAAGAUGCACCCACCACGGACAUGUCAGGAAGGCCACAGUUCCCAAAAGGAGGAGAUGUGCCAUUAGCAUUUAGACGCGAGGUGAGCGUGCCGGAUUACAAGUCCCUGGGGCAUCAGGCUGAUCCAGCAUUUCCAGAUGAGAAAGGUUCCAGUACCCCCGCACAGGAUGAGUCCGCUCAAGACCGCGUGGUACGUAUGCUCAGGGUACACAGAGGGCCUAAGAUCUACCCACCCCUCGUCGAGCACUUGAAGCUCCAAGUCCGAAUGAACACAUCGAAAAAGAGCGUAGAAAUGCGCACAAGCGGAGCAACAACCGACACCGGCGCCUUACAAAAAGGCGAAGACUUCGUAAAAGCAUUCUGUCUAGGCUUCGACGUCGACGACGCAAUAGCCCUCCUCCGCCUCGACGACCUCUACAUCGAAACCUUCGAAAUCAAAGACGUCAAAACCCUCCAAGGCGAGCAUCUCGGGCGCGCAAUUGGCCGCAUCGCAGGAAAAGACGGGAAAACCAAGUUCGCAAUUGAGAAUGCGUCGAGGACGAGGGUCGUCCUGGCGGAUCAGAAGAUCCACAUCCUCGGCGGCUUCAAAAACAUCCACAUUGCGCGCGAGGCUAUCGUUUCGCUUAUUCUGGGGUCUCAGCCGGGCAAGGUGUACGGUAACUUGAGGACUGUGGCGGGUCGGAUGAAGGAGCGAUUCUGA